GCGCCGGAGUCUCACUUCGCCUGACGUCCUCCAAACACACACACCUCUCUCCAAGGCCCCUGUUAGAUCAGCUAAGGGUCAGGUCUUCUCUGUACCUUCUCACACAGGGUUCUACUACAUCUGAAGCAAAUGUCUUUUGACCAGGACAUCUGCUUCCUCUGCAAGGAGGACCUCAGGGACCCCGUGUCCAUCCCUUGCGGCCACAUCUUCUGCUCCAUCUGCCUCAAGACCUACUGGGACCAUGCUGACCACACCGGCCAGUACCUGUGCCCCCAAUGCCGGGUUACCUACAACAAGAGGCCUAACCCACGCCGUCUGCAGACGUCUCGCAGCUCCUCCACCCUCAGGCAGUCGGAGCCGUCCCCUCCGGCCCCUCCAUCUCCUGACUACAACUACGCAGGCCCCAGGGAUGUAGCCUGCGACAUCUGCAUUGGCAAGAAGCUCAAGGCGGUUAAGUCCUGCCUGAUGUGCCUGGCCUCGUACUGCGAGAAGCACCUGAAGCCUCACUAUGAGUCGGCCACCUUCAAGAGGCACAAGCUGGUGGACGAGAUCGGCCACCUGGACCGGCAGAUCUGUCCUCAGCACCAGAAGGGCCUGGAGCUCUACUGCCGAACCGACCAGAUGUGCAUCUGUGUGCUGUGCACCGUCAAAGAACACAAGGGCCACGACAUGGUGUCUGCUGAGCAGGAGCGUGCCGACAUGCAGCAACGCUUGGGUGCCACCCAGGCCGAGAUUCAGGAGAAGAUCCACGACAGAGUGAAACAAAUGGAGGAGUUGAAGCAAGCUGUGGAUGCACUGAAGAGCUCGGCACAGCGGGCACUGCAGGAGAGUGAGAAGCUGUUUGGAGACAUGCUGCAGAUCAUCGAGAGGAUGCAGCAGGAAAUGGCCAGGCUGAUCUCCUCCAAUAAGAAGGCUGCGCUGAACACAGCUGAGGGCCACAUGGAGCGCCUGGACCAGGAGAUCACUGACCUGAAGAGACGAGACAACGAGCUGACGCAGCUCUCGCGCACUGAGGACCACAUCCACUUCAUCCAGAGUUACCAUAUGCUGUUAGCUCAGACAGACGCUGAGGAGCUGCCCUCAGUCAGCGUCAACCCCUACUUCUCCUUCGGCUCCGUCACUAAGACCGUCUCCGAACUCAAAGAGCAUCUGAAAGAGUACAGCAAUGAGGAGAUGGUUAAGGUGGCCACCACAGUGAACAAAAUGCCCUUCUGCCAGCUGGACGAAAAGAAGCGGAGGAAGACUAUGAAGGCUGAUGAAGUUGACGUGGUGAAGACUCAAAGGACCCUAAACUCAGCUCCGCCCCGCAGCCUGGUACCACGCAGCCGGGAUGAAUUUCUCCAGUAUGCCAGCCAGCUGACUCUGGACUCUAACACAGCCUACAAACAGCUCUACAUAUCCCGAGGAAACAGGAAAGCAGCCCUGAAGAGAGACCCUCAGUCCUACAGUGACAGCGCCCAGAGAUUUGACUGCCUUCCUCAGGUUCUCUGCAAGGAGGCCCUGUCCGGAGGGGCCCAUUACUGGGAGGUGGAGUGGAGCGGGGAGGGAGCCUCCUUUGGCAUCACCUACAAAGGAAUCAAGAGGACGGGCUACGGAGAUUCGGCCCGACUUGGCUACAACCGCAAGUCCUGGAGCCUGUUCUGCUCCGACUCCAGCUAUUCGGCUCGCCACAGCAAAGACCAGGUGGAGAUUAAAGCUCCCUACUCGUCUCGCAUCGGGGUCUUCCUGGACUACGAUGGAGGCACUCUCUCCUUCUACAAUGUCUCUGAGUCCAUGUCACUUAUCCACCAGUUCAAGGCCUCCUUCAGUGAGCCGGUCUUUCCUGGCUUCUGGGUGUGGUACGAGUCGGCCAUCACUAUUUGCCAGUUGUAGAGCUGUUUGUGUGCUAGGGUAGUAUAAGAGGAUGAAGAAUUGCGUAAUUAUAUAUUUUUGAUCAUUAUAAAAGAACAGAUUUUUUUAAUGUCACUAAAAAUCCACUUUCUUUUUCUUUUCUUUUUUUUUAAGGAAAAUACCUGUGUAUGAUAUUUGUCAAAUUACAUGUGUGACAAUGUACGUGUGUUUCAGAGCCAGUGAUUGUAUUAUUUUUAAUAUACUAUAUACUAUACAAUAUUUUUAAUAUACUAUACUAUAAAUACAGUAUAGACAAAUGCUCCAAAUGUCAGCUUAAAUGUAAUGUAACUGCAUAUUAAUAAUGUUUUAUAAACAUGAAGAAAGCUAAUAAUCAGAAUGUACACUAUUGAUUUGUGUGUGUGUGUGUGUCAAGGCACCAUUGUUCUGUGUGCACAAAUGGAGAAAUCAAAUAAAGAUUUAUGAAAUGACAAA